AUGUCGACACCAAAAUUGCUUUGUUUAGGUAAUCCAUUAUUAGAUAUCCAAGCUACUACCACUAAGGAAUAUUUGGACCAAUAUUCGCUAAAAUCCAAUGAUGCCAUUUUGGUUGAUGCUGCAUCUGGUGAUGAAAAAAUGAAAAUUUUCGACGAAAUCUUAAACUUCGACGAUGUUGUAUUCGUUGCCGGUGGUGCUGCUCAAAACACCGCUAGAGGUGCUGCCUAUGUCUUAGGUGAAGGCCAAGUCGGUUACUUCGGUUGUGUUGGUGAAGAUAAAUUUUCUGCUAAACUACUAGCUGAAAAUGAUGCUGCAGGUUUGAUUUCUUUAUAUCAAGUUGAAAAAUCACAUGGUACUGGUAAAUGUGCUGCUUUAAUCACUGGUCAUGACAGAUCUUUGGUCACUGAUUUGGGUGCUGCUAACCAUUUUAAACCAGAACAUUUAACUAAACAUUGGAGUCAAGUCGAAGCCGCUAACUUAUUUUAUAUUGGUGGUUUCCAUUUAACUGUUUCUCCAGAAGCUAUUAUCAAAUUAGGUAAGCACGCUCAAGAAACUGGUAAGCCAUUUGUAUUAAACUUAAGUGCCCCAUUUAUUCCUCAAUUCUUCAAAUCCGCUCUAGAAGAAGUUUUACCAUACACUACUGUUGUUAUUGCCAAUGAAACAGAAGCUGCAGCUUAUGCGGAAUCUUUCGGUCUAACUUGUGACAAGGAAGAUCUUGCUGCGAUUGCUAAACAUAUUGUUGGUGCAUCUAAGACUAGAACAGUUAUUUUUACACAUGGGUUGGAACCAACUAUCGUUGUUUCAGCUGAAUCUACCAAGAGUUUUGCCGUUAAGCCAAUUGAUAAGAAGAAGAUUGUUGAUACUAAUGGUGCUGGUGAUGCUUUUGCUGGUGGUUUCAUGGCUGGUUUAGCUUUAGAUAAAACCUUAGAUACCGCUAUUGAUAUGGGUCAAUGGUUAGCUGCCUUAUCUAUUCAAGAAGUUGGUCCAUCUUAUCCAAAGGAAAAAAUUCCAUACGAAGCUUAA